GCCAAUGGGAAGAGGCGAGGGGCGGGCGUAGCGACUUCCUGGAGACGGGACCGGGCAGGGGCCUGGCAACGGCCGCGGAGCCGCCGGGAUGAACGUCGGCGUGGCUCACAGCGAGGUGAACCCCAACACGCGGGUGAUGAACAGCAGAGGCAUCUGGGUGGCUUACGGCGCCUCGGUGGGCGCCCUGCACGUCGUGCUGCUCAGCAUCCCCUUCUUCAGCGUGCCCGUGGUCUGGACGCUCACCAACGUCAUCCACAACCUGGUCAUGUACGUGCUGCUGCACGCGGUGAAGGGGACGCCCUUCGAGACCCCGGACCAGGGCAGGGACCGGCUCCUCACGCACUGGGAGCAGAUCGACUACGGGACGCAGUGCACCGCGGCCCGCAAGUUCCUCAGCAUCUCCCCCGUGGUGCUGUACCUCCUGACCAGCUUCUACACCAAGUACGACCCCGCACACUUCCUGGUGAACACGGCCUCGCUGCUCAGUGUCCUCCUGCCCAAACUGCCCCAGUUCCACGGCGUCCGCGUCUUUGGCAUCAACAAGUACUGAGGCCGCUGCAGGAACCCCCCCAGCUCUCCCCGGGGCCUGGGGAAGGUUCCUCCAGCCCAGAGCUGCUCCUUGGAGCCCGUUCCUCCACUUUGAAUUCAACCAAAUCCAUCUCAAAGGCGUUUGCUACUGCUAACACCUGGUUUCCAGCUGGGACCCACUCGGACACUCACACGUGGUGGAGCAGCACCCCCUCAAAUCCAGCCCCCCACAUCCACCUCCAGCUCCUUGCUGAGAAAGGGACGAGGGGCCCUCAAGCAGCUGAGAGGCAGGAAAAGCCAACCCGGGCUCUGGUGCUGGGGGGAGGAGGAGGAGGAGGGUAACCAAGAGAGGAAUGAGCAGCUUCAAAACACUACUUGAGGGGCACUGGGGUGAUGUCCCGCCGCGCUCAGGGUGGCACUGGUUGUUUGUACCUCUGGCUGUGUGUAUCCAUCCCCUCCACCCCUCACCCCGGUUCCCUUGGGAAGCUCCAGAGUAUUUAAAAGGAAUUCUAAAAAGGAAAAAUAGAGUUUUGUUUAUUGGAAA